AUGGAAUCUGUUCAUUUAGCUCGACAACGUUAUAGGAAGUAUCCUCUUUUGUUAUCAAAGUGUGGAAAAGACGCUGUACAAUAUGCAACAUGUGUAUUAAAAAAAGACAAUGUUAAUAUGAAUGAUUGCAAAAAGGAAUUUAUGGACUUUAAAAACUGUUUACAAAAGGCGGCAGCAUCUUUAAAAACUAGAAUUUAGUCAUAAAAAAUGACAACAUUAUGGGAAAAUUUUGUAAAUAUUGAUUAUAAAAAACAUUUAGUUAUAUCUGUAUUCAUAAGAAUACUAUUGGUAAGUUAUAGCAUACACCAUGAUGAAUUUUCAAAA